UUAUUGCGUGUUCUAACCAGAUCAGGUUGGACUUGUCAUCACAUAAUCACUACUCUUAUAAAAAUCCAAACACUCCCCUGUUUCUAACAACUCUGAAUCAAUGGCAUCCAUCACCACCGAUGCAACAAAACACAUCAUCUCAGAAAUUCCUACCUAUAUCACAGUCUACAGCGACGGCACCGUCGACCGUCCACGGCAAGCACCGACAGUACCACCCAAUCCCGACCACCCAAAUUCACCAUCCAAAGACAUCAUCAUCUCUCAAAACCCCAACAUCUCUGCUCGUAUCUACCUCCCCAAAAACCCCACUACAAAACUUCCCAUCUUGGUCUUCUUCCAUGGCGGUGGUUUCUUCUUUGAAUCCGCUUUCUCCAAACUCUACCACGAACACUUCAACGUCUUCGUUCCGCAAGCAAAUUCAAUAGUUGUUUCUGUUGAAUACAGACUUGCUCCAGAACACCCUCUACCUGCUUGUUAUAAUGAUUGUUGGAACUCACUCCAAUGGGUUGCUUCCAAUUCUGCCCCAAACCCCGUUAACCCGGAAUCAUGGUUAAUUAACCACGGUGAUUUCAACAGAGUUUUCAUUGGUGGUGAUAGUGCUGGUGGUAACAUAGUUCAUAACAUCGCUAUGCGUGCUGGCUCUGAAGCUUUACCUAAUGGUGUUAAACUAUUAGGAGCUAUUUUACAACAGCCUUAUUUCUAUAGUUCAUACCCUGUUGGAUUAGAAAGUGUUAAACUUAAGAGUUCUGAUAAAGAUUUCCACUAUUCUGUUUGGAAUUUUGUGUAUCCUUCAGCACCCGGUGGGAUUGAUAAUCCUAUGAUUAAUCCUGUGGGUAUAGGGGCACCUAGUUUGGAUGGACUUGGUUGUGACAGGAUUAUUAUUUGUGUUGCUGGGAAAGAUGGAAUUAGGGAGAGAGGGGUUUGGUAUUAUGAGCUUGUGAAGAAGAGUGGUUGGAAAGGGAAAUUGGAAUUGUUUGAAGAAGAAGAUGAAGAUCAUGUUUAUCAUAUCUUUCAUCCUGAAUCUGAGAGUGGUCAAAAAUUGAUCAAGCAUUUGGCUUCCUUUCUUCAUGAGUAAGGAAAUGUUUUUCCUUUAUGUGUUUGUGUUGUACUGUUUUAGAUUGCAAUAGUAGCAAUCAUCAUGAGAUGUUUUUGUGUUACUAAUUACUAUUACUAAUAAUAAUUAUUUCUUGUGAUCAUGUACUUGUGAGUUAAUUAGUAAGUGUAUUGUGUAAUUAUAAAGUUCAUUAUGGGUUAAUCGUCGUAUUCCAUGUUAUAUUUUGCA